CACCGCUAAAGCGCUCAAUUCGUUAGCCGAUUGAAAGCGAUUUUCAAAAAAUUGAUUGAACACCGAUAACAUAAAAAAUAUUGCCACUUGAUAGAAACAUUGGCUAAACAUUGUGUGAAAAUCAAAAUUGAAAUUGCUGGAAAAAAAUUCAAUACAAUAAAAUAAACAAUUGAAAAGAUUAAAUGCAAUUUUGAUCAUUUUUUUGCAAAUAAAUCGGUUUUGUUGAAAUAUUUUUGGCUGAACAUUUUUCCAACUGCUUUUCGGCAUUGUAGUUUGGAUAAAUUUUUUUGUCUCUAGAUCAGAAAGUGCACCAAAUUUGGGGAAACAUUUUUUGUUGAAGCGAAUGCCUUGAGAGGAUUUUAUUGAAUUGACAAUUAAAAUCCCUUGAAAUACAAAAAAAAAUCGACGAAAAUCAAAUACUUGAGGAAGUCUCUCGGAUUACAAACGAGAUUGGAUACCUGAACCGAUUUUGUCAAUUAAUUUUUUUUCUCUGCGUUGUAAAAAGAAAAUAAGGGCUCUUCGAGAGGACAUUCCAAUUCCGAUAGCGACGAAAAUUAAUUUUUGAUGUGAACGCAAAAAUGAUGAAAAAGUUUUUCUUCGAUGAGUGAGGUAUUUUUUUUGGUUUUUGACGUCAAGUUUUUGAACAAAAUUUAAAUAAAAAAAAAAAUUGUGCGUGUGAAGUAAUCCGAAGAAAAAAUCAAUCCCGAAAAAUAAAGUGCAUCAAAUAGUGCGAGAAGGAGGAUUGAAAGAUAACACACACCGAAAAAAAAAAUUAAGCAAAAAAACUAUAAACGUGUCAAAAACACAAUCACAAUUUUAAAAAAUCGGAACUCGUGCUAUGGUUUAUCAAACAUUUGGAAUCGAAUUUUAGCCAUGGCGCACCGCAACAAGUCUAGCAUGGAUUAUAUAGGCUUGGGUUGCUGUGCGCUAGCGUUUGUCCUCUACUUCAACACCCUGGAUGCGGGCUUCGUUUAUGAUGAUAGGCGAGCUAUAUUAGGAAAUCCAGAUGUAGUAUAUAGCACACCAUUAAAACACAUUGUGCAAAAUGAUUUUUGGGGAACGCCCAUAACGGAUAGCGGAACACAUGGAUCAUAUCGGCCAUUGUGUGUACUGAGUUUUAAGCUGAAUCAUUUGUUUGACGGUUUCAAGCCCGUUGGUUAUCAUUUGGUGAAUGUUCUGUUGCAUUGUUUGGCAACUGGUCUUGUGGUGAAAGUUGCUCGUCACGUAUUACAAUCGAUAUGGGGAACGAUUGUGACUGGUGCAUUGUUUGCAUCUCAUCCGAUUCAUACGGAAGCUGUGGCCGGCAUCGUUGGUCGGGCCGAUUUGGCAUCGUCUAAUUUUUAUCUGUUAGCCUUUUUAACCUAUUGCAAGCACGUUGUGUGGCGAGAACAAAACGAUAAAAGAUGUUGGUCAGCAUUAAUUGGUACGAUUGUACUUUCGGUAGCGGCCGUUCUUUGUAAAGAGACGGCAAUCAGCUCAUUGGUAUUAUGUGGAGUUUAUGACAUUAUCAGAGCAACAAAUGGUUAUCGAGAUAAGCAUCGAAUGCGAUCACUCACCAUCAUUUGCGUGGCGACAGCUGUUAUUCUUCACUUCCGUUUAUCGUUGCUGGGUUCGGCGAUCGAAUUUUCAACGGCUGACAAUCCAAUCGCUAAAUCACCAUCGCGGCUUACACGAUUCUUAACAUUUCUAUAUUUGCCCGCUUUUAAUUUUCAAUUGUUGCUGUAUCCAGCCACAUUGAGCUUCGAUUGGGGCAUGGACGCGAUACCAAGACUGAAUAGUUUAUGUGAUUUUCGUAAUUUAGCCACGCUGAUAUUUUAUAGUGCGUUAGUUUUUGCUGUUGCAAUUAAUGUGCAUCAUUUACGUCGACGAAUGCAAUUGGUGCAGGCAAUGGCAAAUGUUCACUAUCGCAAACCGCGUACCAUAAAGAAACGCAAAGCAUUUCAAUUACCCCAGACAAAUUGUAACAAUAAUAAUGGCAACAGCAGCAGUGGCAGCAGCGGCAGCAGCAGUAGUAGCAGCAGCAGCAGCAGCAGCAGCAGCAGCAGUUAUAGUUUUGUGAAUACAAACUCGAAUAAUAUGCUGCAUAGUUCUAGUUUGAGUACAAGUUGUAACAAUAAUAGCAGUAAUAAUGCAAUUAAUAAUAGCAGUUAUUUAGCUAAAACAACGGAAUGUUUGUGUGAAGUAUGUAAGCAUGGUUCAAAUGUUCGCCAUUCGAGCACUUGUCGUGCGAUUAAUAAUAAUAAUGUACCACUGGUACGGUGUGAAUGCCCUGAAUUUCGUCAUUCACCGUCACCGCCACGCAAACGACGCCAUCAACAAAAUCAUCAUCAGCAACAACAACAGCAUCAUUCGUUUGUUACGAAUUCGGCCACAAUCUAUAAUACCUCAUCUUCAUCCGGCUGUUUAAAUGGCACAUUGUCGUCAACAAUGUCAACCAUUGGUUCGAGUAAAAUUUGUAAAAAUAGCCCAACUAAAAAUGUUUCGAGCGCAAAAAGUGCGGCAAAUCAACCGAAUAAUUAUCAAAAUUCAAAGACAUCGACAUCGGUGGCGACGAUGGUGACAAAGGCGACAACACCAACAUCAACCCUCAACGAUUCAACUACAAAUCAUCUGCAUAUAUCACAUCCAUCGACGACCACAUCGGCCGUUAUCAUGUUAUCUAUAGCAAUGUUAACGCUACCAUUUUUACCCGCCACUAAUUUAUUCUUCUACGUUGGUUUUGUUGUUGCCGAACGAAUUCUAUAUUUACCCAGUGUGGGUUUCUGUUUGUUAAUCGGCUUAGGCGUUAGCAAACUGAUGGACACAAAUCGAGGUUCAUUAAGGAGCCAACGAAAACGGUUUGCCGUUUGCCUCUGUAUCGGUUUAACAGUGAUAGCCUAUAGCAUGAAAACGAUUAACCGAAAUGUCGAUUGGCGAGACGAUGAGAGCUUGUAUCGCAGUGCAAUCAACGUUAAUCCACCAAAAGCUUUAGGCAACUUGGGCAGCGUUCUCAGCUCACAGGGACGGUACGAAGAGGCAAAGGAAUCGCUGCAACUUGCGCUGAAAUAUCGACCGAAUAUGGCGGAUGUUCAUUACAAUUUGGGUAUUCUGUAUCAAAAUCAUCAACAAUAUAAAGACGCGAUCGAAUGCUUCCAAAAUUCGAUUCAUUAUCGGCCAUCACUGGCGUUGGCUUAUUUGAAUAUGGGAACAUCAUAUAUUGCUUUGGGUCGUUGCAAUGAGGCGGUUAAAAUUCUUCGUGAAGGUUCAAAAUUGGAUGGUCAUGGUUUGCGAGAUCGAAGUGCCCACGAUAGUGCCAGAAUGUCGAUGCUUGUGCAGUUAGGUAGUUUGUAUGCUGAACAAGGAAAAUUACAGCGUGCCCUAUCUAUUUAUCGAGAAGCAUUACACAGUCUUCCGAGAAGUUACCCACCACAGAGUAUUUACCAAAGACUCGGCGAUACAUUGGCCCGAAUGAAUCAAUGGACAGAGGCUGAACGUUUUCAUCAGGCCGCAUUAGAAGUGCAACCGGAUCAUGUCGCAACGCAUGUGUCUUAUGGAACAAUGUUAGCUCGAAAUAGUAGUCGAACGUCUGAAGCUGAACUGUGGUUCAAACGAGCAUUAAAAUUGGCUCCGGACGAUUCAAGUGUUCGUCAUCAUUAUGCUGAAUUUCUGAAUUCGAUGUCUCGACACGAAGAAUCGUGUGAACAACGUAUCAAAGCAGCCGAACUAUCGCCAAACGAUUAUUCAUUAGCUGUGGCAGCUGCUACAGCACUUCGAUUGUUAGAUAGAAAAAAUGAAGCUGAAAAAUGGUAUCGAACGGCGGUUCGAUUACGGCCAGAUGAUGCACGAGCACACACAAAUCUUGGUGCCAUAUUACAUCUAUUAGGUAAACCGAUUCAGGCAGCCAUUAGUUACAAGGAAGCUCUACAACUUCAGCCAAAUGAUCCAACUACCAUCGCCAAUUUAGCGAAACUUGGCAUUUCAGAAAUGGCUUAGAUUUGUGCUCUUUUUUUGCACUUCCACAAAACUAACUUAAAUUUUAUGUAUAUAGCGCAUUUGUUUAAUUUCUUAUACAGCAAAACGAAAAAGAAAAAAGAAAAAAUACACACUCACAAAAAAAAUGUAAAUCACAUGUCACAUUCUUCCAACCAAGUAAAUUCUAGGUGUAAUCCGACAAAAAAAGGAUUUUGUAAAGAAGACGAAUGAAGGAGAAUAAAACCUAUACAGAAUGAAUAAAGUAUAAAUUAUAUUUGUUUAACUGCAGCGUACAUGCGCAUCAAAUAUGCAUUCCGAACAAAAAAAAAGUUAAAUAGAGCAAAAAACCAUAAUAACAGAAACUGGCAUCUGCAAUACCUCUCGAGGGUGUCAUUCUGUUGAAAAUAAAAUAUUUCCAAAAAUUUAUGACUAAUGUAUAAAAAAAAUGUAAUGUAAAUAGUAAACAUUAAAAAAGUAACUCAUAUACAUACGCACGCAUAAAACUCAUGAAAAAUCAUCAUCCAACAAAAAAUAAAUGUGUUUUUAUUGCAACAUACGCACCGCUCAGAGAGGUAAAGGUAGAUAAAAAAACACACUCGAAUUCGAAAAUGAAAAUGUGCAGAUUUAAAAUGAACAAUUUAUUAUUAUAUGAGUGUAAAUAUAAUAUGAUUGUGAAAUAUUGUACUGAUUUAUAACGGAAUGGCUGGGAGGCGGACUGGGCAAAUUAAAAUAUUCAAGUAAUGAAUCGCCCAACAUAUUCGUAUCCCAUAUACAUAUAUAUAUCACAAUUUUUAAUAAUCACUGUUGCAUUGAAAAUAUACGCGCUGGAUAAUUCAUAAGCCACUCACAUAAAAUACAACAAAAACCAACACAAUCUAAAUAAAAAAUUAUUGUACUAAAUAAUAGUGAUGGUAUGAAUAAUACUGCAAAUUGAGAACAGAAUAUAUAUCGAAAGAGAAAAAAAACAGUUAUUUACUACGGAUUGAUUUUACUUUCAUUGAAAACUCCCCCAAAAGAGCACGACUUUAUACCAAUGAAAUUUGAACCAAUUUAAUUAACGUAUAAUAUCUGUUUCAUAAAUACUAACGACUUUCUGUCGUUCCAUUUUCCGCUAUUUCCAAUGCAAAUUGAAUUGAGCCAAAAAAUGCUCAUGUUUCAUAAGAAAACAAAUAAUUAUUAUUAAAUCGAACUGCUUCAAGCUAUUGAUGACAUGAUUUUUCAGACAGUGAUUUUCUUUUCGAUUUAUAUUGUCACGUGUAUUUUACAGGAAGUGUACAUAUAUAUAUCGGUGUGGGAACCAACUCAUAACAUUUUAGCUGAAAAAAUGGUGUGGAAUUACAUUUGUUUUGUUGAAAACCAAAAAAAAAA